AUGAGCCACGAUUGUAUAAGCUCAGAUGUUCUGAUGUUAAGAAGAUGCCAUGACUACCGAAACUUUCCUCCCCGAUAUCAGGACUUCCUGAUGAUAUCCUUAGACAAGGGAGCAAUCGCAUCUAGACUGGUCUAUUCGGCUCUUUGGCAGACCGAAAUACCGAUGGGAUGGAAAAUUCACGUGCUCGCUCUGGCCAUCUACCGAUUCUGCCAAUGUACACAAUUGGGGAAUUCUUACGGGACUGAAGAAGCUGCCAAUAAAACGAAGCAGCUGGUCAACAUUGAAGCUGGAAUAAGCAAGCAUUGUAGUUUUCUCGCUUAA